AUGUCGUUAUCUUCGAGUUUCGAGGUUGAUAAUUUGUGCAACGUUGAUUUCAAUUUGAUGUACUUGCUUGUCGAAUUUAGUACUUCAGCUGAUCCAUCCGACGAUUUUCGCAGUGCGAUUGGUUACGCAGCAAAGUUCUCAAAUAUCAAAGUUGUACUCAAUGGUGGACAGCACAUUACUUUCCUCAGGCCGGAUGGAUACUUUACAUUCCACAAAGUGCCAGCUGGGACUCAUCUGAUUGAAGUACAUGCGCUGGGCUACUUCUUCUCUCCAGUGCGAGUUGAUGUUAGUGCCCGGCAUCGUGGCAAGGUUCAAGCAACGCUAACAGAAAUCAGGAGGAGUCUUACUGAGCUCGUUUUGGAUCCACUUCGACCAGAGUAUUACUAUGAGAUGCGAGAACCUUUCUCUCCAAUGGCAAUUGUAAAAAGUCCAAUGGGACUUAUGGUGGGAUUCAUGGUGGUUGUUGUGUUCUUGAUGCCUAAGUUGAUGGAAAACAUAGAUCCAGAGGAAAUGAAGAGAACACAAGAGGAGUUGAGAAACCAAGGAGUGCCUUCACUCUCUAGCUUGUUGCCUGCGAGCCGCUGA